AUGCGUUUCCAACCUCUCGUCGUUCUCUCCACCUUGGUCGCUCUCGCAGGACAUGCUGCCAGCAGCCCUACUAAGCGCCAGACGAUCUACAACUACGGGACGAUCGACGAACCAGUCGUAGGCACCGCCAUCGCUCCGGGAGAGACAUUUCCUUUCGAAUUCACUUCUGUGAACCUAUGCGAAUCUGGAUACAACCCAGUAUCAGUCUGGCUACUUGCUGAGCCGCCAUCGGACGAGACCUUCGCAGUCAGCGGGAACUAUGGCGGGUUCGCCUCCGGCGACUAUCUGUACCAGUUUGGCGACUACCUGAUUCCGAACUUUGGCCUCCCCCCGAUGAACACUCCAGUUCCUUCCUCCCUCGUCAUGCCUGAUCUGUCGGCCUUGGGUGAGGGUGUGUACAGCAAUGCUACGCUGUACCUCGCCGUUGUGGAGACCUAUCUCGAUUGCCCGCCCGAUAUCCCGGCGGAGUAUGGCGUCACUAGCAAUGCGAUCAUCUAUAACACCUCUAGCUCCUAA